UUCUGUCACAACCCACAUGUCAUCCCCCUUUCCUUCCCUCUCUCUAGCCGCCUUUAGCCUUUUCCUUCAAAUUUUACUGCUGUGAAAACACUCUUAAGUCGUUUGAUUGUAUGCUCUAAUGGACGAUUUGACAUGGUCCAACAAAUCUGGCAGAGCCCAGAAUCGAAAAGGGUCAUCAGCUUUCUUCGUUUCCUCCCUUCCCUUUUGAAGACUCCAUUUUCUUCUGCGAAUAGGACGAUAGCAGAAGAGCCCAGGGAUUGAUAGAUAGAGAGGAGAGAGCGAGAGACGGUGCUCUGUUUCAUGUGUUCUGUUUUGAAGUCAUGGAGCGCUAUGAGAUACUGAAAGAUAUUGGGUCUGGGAAUUUUGGGGUUGCUAAGCUUGUUAGAGAUAAGUGGACCAAGGAACUCUAUGCUGUGAAGUAUAUUGAAAGAGGGCAGAAGAUUGAUGAAAAUGUGCAGAGGGAGAUCAUGAACCAUAGAUCCUUGAAGCACCCUAAUAUAGUUAUAUUCAAGGAGGUAGUGCUAACUCCUACUCAUCUAGCCAUAGUCAUGGAAUAUGCUGCUGGAGGGGAACUCUUUGCGAGGAUCUGCAGUGCCGGUAGAUUCGGUGAAGACGAGGCAAGGUACUUCUUUCAACAAUUGAUAUCAGGAGUCAGUUACUGCCACUCAAUGCAAAUCUGCCACAGAGAUCUUAAGUUGGAAAACACACUCUUAGAUGGUAGCUCGGCACCUCGUCUAAAAAUAUGUGACUUUGGGUAUUCAAAGUCAUCUGUAUUCCAUUCUCAACCAAAAUCUACUGUAGGGACACCAGCCUAUAUUGCACCCGAGGUACUAUCAAGAAAGGAGUAUGAUGGCAAGAUUGCAGAUGUUUGGUCUUGUGGAGUCACUUUAUAUGUAAUGUUGGUUGGAGCUUACCCCUUUGAAGAUCCUGAUGAUCCAAGGAACUUCCGAAAGACAAUUGGGCGGAUACUUAGUGUCCAGUACUCAAUUCCAGAUUACGUUCGAGUAUCCAUAGACUGUAAGCAUCUUCUUUCUCGGAUAUUUGUGGCUAAUCCUGAAAAGAGGAUAACCAUUCCAGAAAUUAAAAACCAUCCAUGGUUCUUGAAGAAUUUGCCAAUAGAAUUCAUGGGAAGAGAAGAAGGAAACUUUCUUAAUAAUGAUAUAGAUACAUCUCAAAGCAUUGAAGAAGUACUGUCUAUAAUACAAGAGGCAAGGAAACCUGCUGGAGGACCCAAGAUUGGUGGACAUUUAAUUGGAGGCAGCAUGGAUCUUGAUGAAAUUGAUGCAGAUGUAGACAUAGAUGAUGUUGAAUCAAGUGGUGAUUUUGUUUGUGCAUUAUGAGUAUGUAUUACAUAUGAAAGCUGAUCUAGUUGUGAUUUUGUUUUUGGAUUAGGAGAAAAUCUUGCUUUUGUCAAGUAGUCUUUGUGGGUUAAUAUAUAUCACUGUUUCUUA